GUGAGGGAGGGCUAUGCAGCGAUUUUAAAAGCCAUUCCCAGGGACAAGGGGCGGAUUGAGCUGUAGCUGUGGCAGACAUGGCCAAGUGGGAAUCCUCCAGUAGUUCUAACCUGGCUUUCCAGUUACCCCAGUGGAUGCAAAUUCAGCUCACUGAGCAGAAGCAGGAGUUCAACAAGCGACCCGGUAAGAUCGGCAGGCGGUCCUUCUCCCGCUCCGUCUCGCAGUCGUCCACGGACAGUUUCAGCUCAGCUGCCUCAGAGUCUGACAGCUCAGACGAUGAGGGCACACCUCGGGACAAGGUGCAGAAAAACUCCAAAGGCAACAGUGACUUCUCCAUCAAAAACAUCAAGCAGGCUGAUUUUGGUCGCAGAGAGAUUGAAAUUGCAGAACAGGAGAUGUUAGCGCUUGUUGCGCUAAGGAAGAGAGCUCAAGGGGAAAAACCUUUAGUUGGAGCCAAGAUAGUGGGCUGCACACACAUCACUGCUCAGACUGCGGUGUUGAUAGAAACCCUAGCAGCUCUCGGGGCUCAGUGCAGGUGGGCUGCCUGUAACAUCUACUCCACACAGAAUGCUGUGGCCGCAGCUUUAGCAGAGGCCGGAUUUUCCGUGUUUGCCUGGAAAGGGGAAUCAGAGGAUGACUUCUGGUGGUGCAUUGAUCGCUGUGUGAACCUAGAGGGCUGGCAACCAAAUAUGGUCCUUGAUGAUGGCGGAGAUCUCACACACUGCAUUUAUAAAAAGUACCCCCACGUCUUUAAGAAGAUCAAGGGCAUAGUGGAGGAGAGUGUCACUGGAGUUCACAGGCUGUACCAGCUGUCUAAAGCAGGAAAGCUGUGCGUGCCAGCCAUGAACGUUAAUGACUCUGUGACCAAGCAGAAGUUUGACAACCUCUACUGCUGCCGAGAAUCCAUUCUAGACGGCCUGAAGAGAACUACCGACGUGAUGUUUGGUGGCAAGCAGGUGGUGGUGUGUGGAUAUGGAGAGGUUGGUAAGGGAUGCUGUUUUGCUCUGAAGGCCUUGGGUUGCAUCGUGUAUGUAACAGAGAUCGACCCCAUCUGCGCACUGCAGGCAUGCAUGGAUGGCUUCCGACUGGUCAAGCUGAGCGAGAUCAUAAGAAAUGUAGACAUCGUCAUCACAUGUACAGGCAACAAGAAUGUUGUGAGGAGGGAACAUUUGGACCGCAUGAAAAAUGGCUGCAUGGUCUGCAACAUGGGGCAUUCCAAUACAGAGAUAGAUGUGGCUAGCCUCCGGAUGCCAGAUCUGACUUGGGAGCGUGUGAGGUCACAGGUGGAUCAUAUCAUCUGGCCAGAUGGCAAAAGGAUAAUUCUCCUGGCCGAGGGUCACCUGUUGAACCUGAGCUGCUCCACGGUGCCCACCUUUGUCCUCUCCAUCACAGCCACUACUCAGGCUUUGGCGUUGAUAGAGCUCUAUAAUGCGCCAGAGGGCCGCUACAAACAAGAUGUGUAUUUGCUUCCAAAGAAAAUGGAUGAGUAUGUGGCUAGUCUUCACCUGCAGACGUUUGAUGCACACCUAACUGAGCUGACAGAUGAUCAGGCACGUUACCUGAGCCUGAACAAGAAUGGACCUUUCAAACCAAACUACUACAGGACUAAAUAUUUCAGAUAUUAGCACACAGCAACGUGUUCACGAAGAGAGAAAAGACAGGCUGUGGAGAAUGCCAAUGCACCACUCUCAGCCGGACAUCUGACUGCUGGUACUCUGCUGCCAUCUAGAGGAUAACUCUGGAAUGGCACUAUGACUGGAUAUCCCGAAUUUCAUGCCUACUUAUUCAGUCAACCUACAUUUCUUCUGCUUUGACUGAAUCACAAAUUGAAGAGUAUAUGAUUUUGUAUGUAAUACACAGUCCAUGUAUUUUAAGAUUGCUUUCAUGAUGUUGUUCCACUUUUCAGCACUCUAUAUCAACUGUUGUGUAUCACACUGUCUUUACAACAGAUCAGAUAACACAAAUGUUUAAUUUGUUAUAAUUAAUGUUUAAUUAUGAUUCAUGACUAAAUAGCUCACUGAAAUAUGUAAUGCUAUUAGAAAUGUUUCAUUUCAAGUUAGAAAUACUUAAUAUAUAAAAAUGUUAUAGAUUUAGCUAUUUUGUCCACUUAUUCCAUGGGUGUAGUAGUCCAUCGGGUACUUUGGGGUUAACACUGGGACAGGGUGAUGGGAGUGAGAACAUUCUGUGCCAUUCAGUUCAUUUCAAAACUUUUCACAAACAUGAUAACAAUAUGUUAGGUGUUGCAAUAUUAUGACUUUACUCUACUUUUGACAUUGAUCUGAAACAUGGCAUUGUGGAAAUCCAA